AUGCAUUUCACCACUAUCCUCACGGCGUCUCUGUUGUCUCUCUUGUCCCUCACUACUGCAUCACCACUCGACACGAGACAGACACAAACGAUUACACCACCAGCCUUGUACUACCUCCGAACAAAAGUGGUCAAUGGCGCACACAAAGACAGCGGGUCUAACAAGACCAACCUGUAUGUCUACUCAUACCAUACUGGUGCCGGUCUAGGUGAUGCUGCAUUGUCCUCAAACAAGUCCAUUGCCUGGCAGGGCUACUUGAAUGGGACUCAACAGCUCAUGACCUAUCCGAAUAACACGAUCGGACCAUGGCCUUUGUCGGUCCAGGAUGCUCCAUAUCAGGAAUGGAACCAAGUCACCAUCAGUAUCUCCGCCUUACCGACCUACAAUGCUGGAUUCUUCUUCAACUCUUCUGGGCUUCAGUACAAUGGCAGUACCGGUGGCUGGCUGGCCUGCGAUUGGUGGCAUGGUGUCCCUCAGCUCUUCCAAGUCAACGGGUACCUCAACAACGGCUUCGGUGUGACUGGUUUGCAGACCCCGAGCUCCUGUUCCCGCGUUCAGCUCCAACCAGUGGCGGUCUGA